UGUACUGUUAUCUUUACCAAUAUGAUACUUUCUAGGUUUCUUGGACUAUGCUUGAUUAGGAACUGUGAUGCAUGGGGUUAUUUUUGAGUUCCAUUCAUUGUUUCAAAAAUCAUUGUUUCAAAAAUCAGGUGCCUUUGCUGUAUACCUGGAGCCCUGGCAUGCUGAUAUUUUUGAGUUCCUUGAUCUGAGGAAGAACCAUGGCAAGGAGGAGAACCGUGCAAGGGAUCUUUUCUUUGCUCUCUGGGUUCCUGAUCUACUCAUGCAAAGAGUACAAAAUAAUGAGGAUUGGUCCCUGUUUUGUCCUAUUGAAGCUUCGGGGUUGGCUGAUUGUUGGGGUGAGAAGUUUGAGGAAUUGUACAAGAAAUAUGAGAAAGCAGGCAAAGCAAAAAAGGUCAUUCCAGCACAGACCCUCUGGUUUGACAUUUUGAAGGCACGGAUAGAAACUGGCACACCUUAUAUGCUCUGUCUUAUUGUUAUGGGUUCAAGGCUACUUAAGGCAUGGGGUCAUUAACCAGCACACAAGGCAGCAUGACGGCGGCUCUCUUAAAAAUAGAUUAGUUAGGAUUGCAUCCCAAAGAUAUAUAAUUGAUCAACUCUCUCAAAAUGUAAGAUGUUUUUUGACAUCGAGAUUAAUUAAGCAAGAAAACAUGAGGGAUACCAUCCA